UACACCAGCAAAUCUCGAAAAUUGACUCCAAAGUAAGGCCAAGGACAUUUGCUAUGUAAGAAAGUGAGCCCGUGCCAACCAGCCACCGCCUGUUGCAUCGCUCUGUGGCAUCGAAUUGGAAAGGACUCCCGUUGCAAGAUGGUCAGCCAGCUGCCCGCGCAGUCCGCACAUCUAGUCAAGCUCGCUCCCUCCGGCCAGGUGGCCGUCGCCGUGGUCGGCAACCUCCAGCGAUCGAGUUCGAACUCCGGCCAGCGGAGGCUCCUCUCGAUCCUGCUCGCCAGCGACCUGGGCGCCUACAUAAGACGACUGUUGGCCCAUGUGGCGCGGCGGAUCUAUGCGCUCCUUCGCCCCCAGCUGGGGCUCUCCUACAAGGAUGUGCCCGUGUCCCCGGUCCUGGCACAAACACUGGCCCAGGUGGGCCGCAAAACCCUGAUCCUCGACCUGGACGAGACUCUGGUGCACUCCUGCUACAGCGAUCCGGAUACACACGACAACGUGGGCUGCAACCAGCUGCCCGAAGGCGCCCAGCCCGACUAUGUGCUCAGCGUAUCGAUCGAGGGUCUCGAGCCGAUCUCCUUUCGGGUCUUCAAGCGGCCGCAUGUCGACGAGUUCCUGGCCUUUGUGUCCAAGUGGUACGACCUGGUGAUCUACACGGCCAGCCUAGAGGUGUACGCCGCCCAGGUGGUGGACCUUCUGGAUGCGGGACGAGGAAUGAUGCCGCGCCGCUUCUACCGGCAGCACUGCCGCGCCUCCACGCCCCUGAUAUCCAAGGAUCUCACGCUGGUCAAUCCGGACAUGAGCGGCACCUUGAUCAUCGACAACUCGCCGUACGCGUACCGCGAUUUUCCGGACAACGCGGUGCCCAUCAAGACGUUCAUCUACGAUCCCGACGACACGGAACUGCUGAAGCUGCUGCCCUUCCUCGACGCCCUGCGCUUCACCAAGGACGUUCGAUCGAUUCUCGGCCGGCGCGUUGUCCGCUCCACCCUUGUGCGCUCCACGGUUUCAUCGUAUUCCACCCGGUAAAGCGAGCCGACUGCAGCCUGACUUGUUGAAAGUAUCAAAAACUGGCCGGUUACGUCUGUAAAAAUCAAGCAGCAAUAAAUAAAGCCGACUCCAUGUAUUUGUAUAUGCCUAGAAUAGUUCAUUACUGUUCUUAUAGUU